AUCAUGAUCGGGAUGACUUGCAUUGUAGCACGUAUCGCACACGUACAGUACUGUACCCGUAUUCGUACAUUCGUACAGGUGUUUAUUUGCGUUAACAGUACGUUAAAAGUUUGAAACCCAUAAGAAUAGAUGCUUCAUUCACUUCACCAAAAAAUUUCGCGGAACCGUGAAUGGCCUAUAAAAACAAUUUUUAUCUCCUUGAAAAUUACUUGAUAAAGUCACAAACCGAAUAUAGUCUUUAAACUGUUAUCGGUUGGAUUCCGAUGCGUAUUUUGUUACGAUAUUGCGAGUUAGUCGAUAUUCGGUCGCGCCCAAUCUUUGCAAGGUACAACCAAAACCAACCUAAGCAGAUCCGAUGAACCGCAACGCCAUGUUCGGGAGCACGUCUCACGGUCAGAUUGAUCAGCGAAAUGCAAAACGCAAACGAUCCACUUCGCCCGUCGAACCUUCGCGCACCACGGGCUUGUUCGAUUCGCCAGUGACAUGGACUGGAACAUUCGGAUCCCUAUCGAAGCAAAAUGGCUCUUCGCUGGCCCCUGGCCCUUUCAAUUUCGGGGCAUCUUGCUCGGGGGCAUAUAGUUCGCGAGCCCGAGUUGGUAAACCUGCGCCGGAUUUUAGCGCCGUUCCAGCUGUUGUGGAUGGUGUUUUUCGGGAAAUCAGCCUUAAGUCCUACAAAGGGAAAUAUCUCAUCUUGUUGUUCUACCCACUGGAUUUUACUUAUGUCUGUCCUACGGAGAUUAUUGCCUUCUCAGAACGCUUGAAGGAAUUUCAGGAGAUCGACUGCGAAGUGUUGGCGUGCUCUGUGGACUCGAAAUACUCACAUCUGGCAUGGGCCACUAUGGCGCGUGACAAAGGCGGUGUGGGGAAUGUGCGCAUCCCGUUGCUUUCGGACAUUACUAGGAAUAUAGCCAGAGACUAUGGCGUAUUUGAUGAUGAGCUCGGACAUUCAGUCAGAGGAUUGUUCAUUAUUGAUCCGAAGGGAAUCCUGCGUCACAUUACUGUCAAUGAUCUGGCAGUGGGGCGUUCGGUGGAUGAAUCGAAGCGGGUUUUGGAAGCGCUGCAGUUCAAUAACGAGUACGGAGAUGUUUGUCCGGCUGACUGGAAACCAGGGGCGCCCAGCAUUGCUCCCACUCCGGACGACAGCCGCGAGUACUUCAAACUGCACCACAAAUAAGACCAGCACUGGGAUGUCCAGCUUUGUUGACGGUGGGCACAAUAGCGCCUUUUGUUGUAACUUCCGUGUUUCCACAGUUUUUUUUUGGAUUGCUGAUCUUUAUUUUAUCGUAAAUCACAGUGUCGGUCUUUUCGGUUGUUCUUUUCGGAUAGUGCUCUAGUUCCUGUCACGCGGAGAUCUCUGGGCUUAUAGCCUUGCGCGGAGUAGUAUGCGGGACAUAUGCACUGAAGCAUUCCAUUUUUUGAGUAGCCCACGGGUUUUUGAAUGAGCGUGCUUUUGUUGCGAUUUUCGUAUGGAUAAAGCAUUAAAGCGCAGUUGAG